CGCCUGGGCUGGAUCGCCGAUGUAUCAUCAAAGGAAUCGUAAUAUGAAGGCGGAUUCCCAUUUGCCGCUGUCGGAGCCAUCAUCAAACAGUCCCACGCUUCGAAGGUGUCGUUAAAUCAUGCCGGAGCAAACACUGACUGGAAGAGUCGCCAUCGUUUCCGGCUCCAAUUCUGGGAUUGGCCUAGCCAUUGCACGGGAAUUGGCCAGUCGAGGCGCUAGAGUUGUCAUCAAUUAUCCAUUUGAUACCUUUCAGGCGGAAUCCGAAACAAUCGCGGCUAACUUGUCAAUUCCUGGGAUUGCCGUGAAGGCGGAUAUGUCCUCAACAAAUGGUCCUUCCGAACUCGUCGAAGCUACGAUACGGGCAUAUGGACUCUUGGACAUCGUGGUCAACAAUGCUGCCCUUGCAGUCAACUUGCCAUUGGAGGAGCAAACCCUCGAACAUUGGGAUACCCUUGUCAACCUCAAUGGACGCGGUGUCUUUCUGCUUACUCAAGCAUCGUUGAAGUAUCUUACUCGGGGAGCUGGUCGGAUUAUCAACAUCGUCAGCGUAUCGUCGCGAGCUGCUCCGCCAAUGCAGACAAUUUAUGCUGGCACAAAAGGGAUGGUUGAUUCUUUUACGCGCUGUUGGGCCAAGGAGUUGCCCUCGAAGUACGGAUGUACCGUCAAUGCAGUAAGCCCAGGACCAACUAUCACUGAGAGAUUUCGCGCCGCCGGACCGGAAGCUUUCAAAAUCUUGCAGCCGACAAUCGACGCAACUCCAACAGGGAAAAGGAUGGCUGAUCCGAGCGAGAUCGCCUAUGCUGUUGGGUUCUUGUGUGAGGAGCGAGCCAGAUGGAUCAAUGGAGAACAUCUAUUCGUCAAUGGCGGUUUGUUUAUCGACUGAGCAUACCCUGAUGAACUAUAAGUAUCAUGGGCAAAGCCUGAUAUAAAAUACACUUCCGUACCAACAACCGUAGCGAUUCUGAAUGGCUCUCAGACUUCCAGA